CUUCAUUUGUUUUUAACACUAGCUGCUCGCACUUCAUGCAUUAUACGUACUGUGGGCUAGCCUAGGAAAGAUGACCACUCUCACUGGUAGUGGACUGUGGCGCUUUCUCAUCCUUCAACUUUUCUUAGUACACCUACUCGCACUUUUAUCAGGGGCUACAGCCAAGCAACAGCCCCACAUUGUGUUCAUUUUGGCCGAUGACUACGGCUGGAAUGAUGUGGGCUUUCACGGCUCUCAGAUUAAAACUCCAAACCUGAACAAACUGGCUUUUGAAGGCGUCCGUCUGGAGAAUUACUACGUGCAGCCCAUCUGUACCCCUUCCAGGAGCCAGCUGAUGACGGGCAGGUACCAGAUUCAUACAGGAUUACAGCACCAAAUAAUUUGGCCUUGCCAACCUCAUUGUGUUCCUCUUGAUGAGAAACUUCUGCCCGAACUACUAAAAGAGGCAGGCUAUGCUACUCAUAUGGUUGGGAAAUGGCACCUGGGCAUGUACAAGAAGGAAUGCCUACCUACCCGGAGAGGGUUUGACACAUAUUUUGGUUAUCUGUUGGGCAGUGAGGAUUACUUUUCCCAUGAACGCUGCAUAUUUAUUGCCCCUCUGAACAAAACAGCAUGUGCCCUGGAUUUGCGCAAUGGAGAAGAAGCCGCUGCUGACUUUAAAGACAUUUAUUCAGCCCAUGUGUUCACAGCAAAGAGCAUUGACCUUAUAGCUUCCCAUGACCCUGGAAAGCCUUUGUUUCUGUAUCUGGCUUUCCAGUCUGUACACGCACCACUACAAGUUCCUGACAAAUACAUGGAACCUUACAGUUUUAUUCAAGAUGAGAAGAGACGGCAUUUUGCAGGGAUGGUUUCUGUGAUGGAUGAAGCUGUAGGUAAUGUGACCGAGGCUCUGAAGAAGCAUGGACUUUGGGAUAACACAGUUCUCAUCUUCUCCACAGAUAAUGGUGGUCAGACUUUGGAAGGUGGAAAUAACUGGCCAUUAAGAGGAAGGAAGGUCACACUGUGGGAGGGAGGAGUAAGAGGAGUUGGAUUCGUCACAAGCCCUUUGCUGAAGAAUAAACAGGUCAUUAACCGAGAGCUGAUUCACAUCUCUGAUUGGCUGCCUACUCUUGUGAACAUUGCAGGAGGAAGUACAAAUGGUACUAAGCCCUUGGAUGGCUUUGAUGUGUGGAAAACAAUCAGUGAAGGAGAACCCUCUCCCAGGAAAGAACUGCUUCAUAACAUCGAUGCCAUUUAUGAUGAUCCUUCGCCAUGUCCUGGUACAAGCAAUGAGAGAUUACCAUCAGAAGCCACAGUAAACAGUUGGAGUUCUAUUUUCAACACAUCCAUCCAUGCUGGAAUCCGUUACAAAAACUGGAAAUUGCUUACUGGAUAUCCAGGCUGUGGACAUUGGUUCCCACAACCAAACAGCACAGACGCCGAAGAAUACUGGUCACCUGAUUCACCAAAAAAGCAAAUUUGGCUAUUUGACAUCGAGUCCGAUCCUACUGAAAGAGAAGACCUGUCCUCAAAGCACCCUACCGUAGUGGAGCAUUUGCUUCAGCGCCUUGCAUACUAUCAGAAUACAUCAGUGCCAAUCUUUUACCCAGAUGAUGAUCCACACUGUGAUCCAUCAGCCACCGGUGUCUGGGGUCCAUGGGCCUAGGCAUCAUUUUUCUGGCUUAUAAGCUAAAAUAUAUUGAUUGUAUUUUUCAGAAGUGUAUUGGUAGAGAGAGGCAAACUCUGUAUGUACAAUUGUAUCCAGCUAUCUUGUACUACUAAUUUCACCUGCUUACAAGGAAACCACUUUUACUAAUUUCACCUGCUUGCAAGGAAACCACUUUUACAUAAAAAAAAAUCAGUGCUAGGGCAUCUGAAAGCAGGCUGUGCAGGUCUAACCUAAUUUUGAAAGUGGCAGUAUUUACAUCUGUAAAGCUUUCAUUUCAGUACCCUACUUGAUCGCACAAGAGCUGCAUUGUUGCCACUGCUACUGCAAUGUUGCCAAUGCUAAUGCAACAUUGCCGCUGCUAAUGCAACAUUGCCACUGCUACUACUGUUGUAUAACUGGUAUAAACCAUGGUGGAUUUCAAGCUAUCAGACUGAGUAUUGCAAUGAAGGAGUCUGUAUCCUGCUGGCUUGGCUCUAAAUUUGCUUCUAACAAAUAAAUGAUCCAUUUUUCUUUUGAAAUAA